UCCCUUAGACUUUUAACCUUAUGUUUUUGUCCCUACUUUCCAUGUUUCCAUAAUAGAGGGCGCACAUGCCUGCCCAUUACCCUAGCCAAUCUAUAAAUAGACUUCCCCUCUUUUCUUUUUCUUUUCUUACAAGACCAAGAACCCACCAAAAUCCCAACUGUAGUGGAGGACGACGCAAGUCUCUUGAACUCCUCCUUACAAUUCAAUGGCGGUUUCCAUUGCUGCUCGACUAACCAUUAUUCUUAUUCUUCUUUCUCUUCAAGGUGCUUAUUCAACAACAUUCACAAUAUUGAACAAGUGCAGAUACCCUGUUUGGCCAGGCUUGCUCUCAGGUGCUGGAACUCCGCCGCUAUCAACCACAGGGUUUGUUCUUCAACCAGGAGAGUCUUCUUCUCUCCUUAUACCACCUUCUUGGUCAGGACGGAUAUGGGGCCGAACCUUCUGUACCCAAGAUGCAACCGGCAAAUUCUCUUGCCUAUCCGGUGACUGUGGCUCCUCGACUAUUGAGUGCUCUGGUAGCGGUGCUGUACCUCCUGCCACCCUAGCAGAGUUCACACUCAACGGCGCUGGUGGGUUGGAUUUCUUUGAUGUCAGUCUUGUUGAUGGCUAUAACCUUCCCAUAAUGGUUGCCCCGCAGGGCGGCAACGGAGGAGGGAACUGCAGUGCAACAGGGUGUCUCGUGGAGUUGAACAGUGCGUGUCCGACGGAGCUCAAGGUUGUGGAUGAUGGUGAAAAUGUAGCGUGUAAAAGCGCAUGCAACGCGUUUGGGAAUCCUGAAUAUUGUUGCAGUGGGGCUUAUGCCACACCGGCUACGUGCAAACCCACCUCCUAUUCUGAGUUUUUCAAAAAUGCAUGUCCUCGAGCUUACAGCUACGCUUAUGAUGACAGCACCAGUACCUUCACUUGUGCAGGUGCUGAUUAUCUCAUCACCUUCUGUCCUGCCCCUUCCACCAGCCUCAAGUCAAGCUCGAACAAAGAUCAGCCAAAGGCCGUCUCUGUCGAUUCCUCCACCGGCUUUCGUGGUGUUUCGCCAUCCUAUCUUCUCCUCGCUUUCGCCAUUUUAGCAACAACUCGAACAUUUUGGCAAGCUCUUUUGACAAUGCCAAACUGCCGGCAAUAGUUUUUUAACGAUGCCAAAAUACCGGCAGUAGUUUUUAGGUAGUUUUCUCCUAGGGUUUUUAGGGUUUAGAGGACGAACCAGUAGCCAAGAUUGAUUGAUGAUUCUUUCUCCUCCCUAGCUCUUCUUUAACGUCUACAAGAAAGUUGGAAAAUUAUUAGUAUUGUUAUUGUUACGAUUCUUUGUUAAAUUUUUUUUAAUGAAGAUUCGAAUUGAAGAUACCAUGGAUGAUUAUCAUAAAGGUGAAGAAUACAAAGACGAAUACAUCAGCAGUCACGUUUUCUGAUUCAGAGUGGGGACAAGAUGACAGAUUGCUGCCCUAAUGGAGCUCCUUCGUUCUUUAGCUAUAUAUAUACAUAUAUAUAUAUAUUAAGUAUUUGAAAAACAAAAAAAAAAAAAAAGAAAAGAAAACAAAAGCAAUAUUGUAAGGUAGUGGGGAGACGAUUACCCAGUUGGAUUUAUGUAAAUUCUUGCAA